AAGAAUUGUAGAUGGUUGAACUAUUGACAAUUGAUGAGUACCAAAUAUUACUUGGGGAAAAAAUAAAUGAAAAAUUAUACGAUUGCAAAUCAACUAAGAAUUCUUAAAUUGCUUUAUGUGCUAAAGUAAUAAAUAAUUUAAUACUAUAAUAGUUAAUACUCAUGCAAGAAUAGCCCUUAUAGCCGUAUUAUGAAAUGUAAAUCUAAAUACAUGAAAUACUCUAUCAAAAUAGAAUUAAUUAAAACUUAGUUAAUGUGCAUCUGGUCAGAAUACUAAAGGAAAGGAAUUUGAUUGUCAUAAUUAUGGAGAAAUGCGAUACUACUUUACAAUAAAUAUGGGAUAAAAAAAAAAAGUUUAAUGAUUCUGAAAUAGAUGAAUUUUUUACUCAAUUUUUAAAUGGUUAUAGAGUUCUUCAUCAGAAAAAUAUUAUUCAUCGUAAUAUCAAGCCUGAUUCCAUAGAAGUUAAAUAUAUAAAUGGAAAGGCAAUAUUUAAAAUAGCAAAUUUUGGAAUUGCAAAAUUAAUUUAAAAAGAUGACGACUCCUGCCUUGAAAAGAUUGGAACACCUGCAUAUGCUGCUCCAGAAAUCAGCCCAAUACAGCAAGACUUAGAAUUAAGCUUUUGCUUUAAUUCUAUCAAAACCAAUGAAGAUCAAAAAAGCAAGAUUGAUGUUUAUUCAGUAAUUAUAUGAAUAAAUCUAGAUUGCCUUGAUAUUGUAUUAGAUGGUACAUGGGAAUUUACCUUUUGAACCUUCUGUCAUUGAAAUUGCCAAAUUUCUGAAUCAUAUAAAAGAACAAAAGUUACAAUUAUAAGGGAACUCAAAGUAUAUCCAACUUAUUGAGGAAAUGUUAGUUUAUUCCCCUGAUCAAAGAAUUCCAUUUUCAAAGGUUUUUUAGAAGUUUGAACAUGAACUUAAUAAUAUAGGAUCUCAAAUUUUAGGGAUUAAUAGGUUUCAUGGAAUAAGUCCUUUUUUUAGUUUCGGUUAAAUUUCACAGAACAUAAUUUCUCACCGAUUUCCUACCGUUGUUAAUAACAAUAAUAAUAUCAAUUAUCACAAUUUUAGUACUAUUAAUAAUUGCAAUAACAAUAUUCCCCAACCACAAAAUAAAGGAUAACAAAAUUUCUAAAGGGUAUAAACUAUAUAAUAAAAUUGUUUUCAAUUUCCAAACUCAUUACGUUAACCACUAUUUCUAGAAAUGCACAAUCCAAAGAAGGAAUUAUUAGCAUCCCUAAAAGUUCUAUUGUAACAUAUUUUAAUUAUUCUAAAAGGCAUGACUAUGAUGGCAUAGUAAGUGACUAAACUACAUAACAACUAUAAGCAUAUAUAGAUUCUGGAGAUAAAAUAUUUUAAAAAGAAAAUCUUCAACAAUUGUUAAUCAUAUUUAAUUUUAGACUUGAAAAAGUCGAUCACUAUACUAAGAUUUUAAACUUUUAUUAUUCCCUUUUCUCUAUUUUGAAUAACCCAGAUAUCUAAAAUUAACAUAAAAUCUCUGAAUAAUAAUAAAAAGAUUUUAUCAAAAAAGUUGCUAAUUAAUAAUGA